GUAAUAAUUUGUGUUCAGUGUCUCGAUUCUAAUAUGUUUAUUAGUAUACUGUAAAACGCACUCCUGUUUGUUUGUGUUUUUCUUUCUACAAAAAACCAUUUUUAGUAACAUGGGAUUCGGCAAAGUGGCACUAUUGUUAAUGCUGGUAACAGUAUCAUAUGGAUACGCAGAUGGAUAUCUGAAUUUGGGUAAAAAAUUCGUCUUAUUAGUUGCUGGAUCAAAUGGCUGGCGUAACUAUAGACAUCAAGCAGAUGUUUCACACGCUUACCAAAUAGUCAGAGGAAACAGAAUACCAGCUGAAAACAUCAUUGUGAUGAUGUAUGACGACGUUGCAAACCAUACAAGUAAUCCAACUCCUGGAACGCUGAUCAACCGCCCUGACGGCUCCGAUGUAUACAAAGGUAUUAAAAUCGAUUAUUGGGGUGAUGACGUCAACACUGCCGUAUUUUUUAGUGUUCUCAAAGGGAACAAAAGCGGAGUAAAAGGAGUGGGGUCGGGCAGAGUAAUCGAAAGCGGUCCUCAUGACAACAUUUUCAUAUUUUAUACUGACCACGGAUCUACUGGAUUUGUGUGCUUUCCGAACGACUUGUUGUAUGCUGAUCAACUUAUCAAGGCGUUAAAUGAAAUGUAUAUUAGACAAAAAUACAAAAAAAUGUUGUUAUACAUAGAGGCCUGUGAAUCUGGUUCUAUGUUCGACGGCCUUUUAGCGGAAGAUAAAGCAAUUUUGGCAGUAACUGCUUCUGGGCCAAGAGAGCUCUCUUGGGCAUGUUAUUGUGGACAACAAUCUGGACUAUACCACACGUGUCUCGGAGACCUGUUUAGUGUUACUUGGAUGGAAGACUUAGAUAAUACUAUAGCGGACGCUUCAAAAUCGGUAUUCAACCAAUUUCAAACGGUUAGGACAGCCGUAAACCGUAGUAACGUUAUGGUAUAUGGCGACUUCUUUGUGGGCCAUAGUAAACUGUAUUCAUUUAUUGGUCGUUCCGCAAAUAAAGUAAACUUAGAAAAAUCACCGGCCAAGUAUUCGCCUAAAACGUACCAGAGCGGGUCUAUUGUGUCCAGUCGAGACGUAUGGGAAAAAUCUGUCCGAGAUGACCUAGCGUCGACCACCGACUUGAACAAACAAAAACUUCUGAAGGAAGAAUUGCAUCUUUACAGCAAAACUAAGACAUUUAUCGACCACGUUCUUCGAACAAUUUAUACAAAGUUGAUAAGUGAAGCACCGGAACUUGCUGCCGAAAUUGGUGAAUAUGAAAAUACCGCGCCGUUGCAACUUACUAUAAAUGCAUUCCCAUGCUACAGAAAUAUAUUGGAUAAUAUUUCCAAAAAGUGUUUUUCAAUACCCAAGAAUACGUACGCUUUGGACAAAUUGACUUUCUUGGCAAAUAUUUGUAUCGUCGACAACAGUUUAGACAAAAAGCUAUUGGAGUUUGUAGACAUUAUAUGCGCUUGAUCAAUAAUCCCAAAAUAAAUUUUUUAACAUAUUGAUACAACAUUUAAUAAGUAGGUUAUUUGCAAUUUAAAAUGGAAACAUAAUUAGGUGAUAAAAUAAAAUUUGCAUACAUUAUUAUAAA